GGAAAAUGGAUUUCACUGAAGCAUGGGAUGAUACAUGUUCAUAUAUAGGUUUGGCUGCAAGAAUUGGAAAUAUAACUGAAUUUCGUAAAUUAGUUGAAGCAGGAAAUCCAGUUGAUGCACCAGAUAAUAGAGGAUGGCGACCAUUACAUGAAGCAGCUGCUGAACCUAAAGAUUUGCGAUGUUUAGAAGAAUUAUUAAAGCAUAAAGAUACAGAUGUUAAUUGGCAAACUCAUGAAGGAGAAACAGCAUUAUUGCUGGCUUGUAAACGAAGAUGUAGAACCAACAAAAAACCUUUAGAAGCCGUAAAAUUGUUAUUGAAAUAUAAAGCUGAUCCUAAUAUAGCAGAUAAUGAAGAAGAAACACCUCUGUUAGCAGCUACUCGUUCUGGAUUUGCUCCAGUAGUAUUAGAACUUUUAAAUAAUGGUAAAGCUGAUCCAAAUAAAGUCGACUGUAGCGGUUGGGGUUCCUUGCAUGAAGCAGCCAUGCUUGGUAGAGCCGACAUUGUCAUUUCUCUGUUGACGGCAGGUGCAAAAAUUAGUAUUCGAGAUGAAUGUGAAAUGACACCAAUAUUUACAGCUGCACAACAUGGGAAGAUAGAAUGCUUAAAAAUUCUGCUAGAUGCUGCCAAAGAAAGAGGUAAUUCUUUACAUCACCAAUUAUAUGCAUAAAAAUUUAAAAAGAUAUGAGCAAUUAUUUAUUGUGACAUUGUCACAGUGCCAGGCUGCAAAUUUUGUUAAAUAUAUU